UCUUUCUUAGACAAUUUUGCAAGAGGGAUGGAAGAUAUAAAGAAAGCGGAAAGAAAGAGAUAGAGUAAAAAAUGUACUAUACCGAAGAUUCCAGAUCGAGAUUGUAUGUAUAUGUAUGUUGCGUUAAGUGACAUGUAAAAUAAGAUUGUGUAAGAUAUAAAUAUACGAAUGCUGAAUGGAUGUAAAUCUUAGAUUGUAUGAACGUUUAGAACUGUUUGAAGAUAAAAGUGUAACAAUUAUAAAUACUUCCUUAAAAUAUUGGAUGGAAAUUGUUAUUGUUACAAUUGACUUUAAUAACUUUAUGAUCAUGUCACAGAAUUUGUUUUGAAAAUGUCACAAUUUACUACAAGAAAUGUUAUUAAUGAAACAUCUUCCAAGUUAAUGUAUCAUGAUUAUAAUAAAACAAGGUCUAAUUUACCAUUUCAAAUAGCCCUGUAUGUGAAUCUAUGGCUUUUCCCAGUUUGGCUGUUGAUUACUAUUGUAAACUUGGAUGCAAAAUACAAUAAUUUGACAAAUGUUUAUAAAUUGCUAACUGUAGCAACAUUUCUGAUACUUUCAAUUUUUGAAAGUUUAAAGUUAUAUUUGGGGUAUCUUGGAAAUCUUACAGGAAAGAUUCCAGAAUUAACUACUUGCUGGUUAAUCUCGAUAUUAAUACAACUUCCCCUAGAGGCAUUCCUCCUUUUUGAUCGUGGAAUACCAUCUCAUUAUAGCGAAACAUUUAUCAAUUCUUUCAUGGUCUGCCUUCUUCUUAUUGAAGUUAUUACAGGUACGAUAGCUUUAAUGAAUUUAGCAGAUCAUCGUGCUAAAGUGUUUUAUUUAAUGCAUUUAUACAAUACAUGUACAUAGGAUGGAUGUUAAACUGUUUUAAAAUACUUUUAUAGCUAGUCUCAUUUUUUAAUUAUAUAUAGAUUUUUGAGCAAAUA